UCUCAGGCGGAGCUGACAGAAUGGACGGACAGUAAACGCUCUUCUCUCAUUUUCUGUCAAAGCCUUGUUCAACUCCACUGUGUUUAGUCUCUGUCCAGUCUCUCUUGGCAACAUAGAGGACUACCUGAUUCAGGCUUCAGCAAUGAGAGGACGAUGGAGCGGACAAUUCAUGUCCAUGUUGGUCUCUUUGAUCGUUAUGUGGAAGACACGGUCAAAAGCAGAUUCUAAUUCAACACGUAACUUCAAAGACAUCACGACCUUCACCAAGAUCCUGGACAGUCUGCUGGAUGGAUAUGACAACAGACUGAGACCUGGCCUGGGAGAUCGAGUAACGGAAGUGAAGACUGACAUUUACGUCACAAGUUUUGGUCCAGUUUCUGACACUGAUAUGGAGUACACUGUUGAUGUUUUCUUCCGUCAGAGUUGGAAGGAUGAGCGAUUAAAGUUCCAUGGACCAAUGAACAUUCUGCCUCUCAACAACCUGAUGGCCAGUAAGAUCUGGACCCCUGACACCUUCUUCCACAACGGCAAGAAAUCAGUUGCCCACAACAUGACCAUGCCCAACAAGCUGCUGAGAAUCAUGGAGGAUGGAACCUUGCUCUACACUAUGAGGUUAACAGUUCAAGCUGAGUGCCCCAUGCACCUUGAAGACUUCCCCAUGGACUCUCACUCAUGUCCUCUCAAAUUUGGCAGUUAUGCCUACACUAAGACAGAGGUGACUUACAUUUGGACUCACAAUGCCUCCCAGUCAGUGGAUGUGGCAGCUGAUGGAUCCAGACUCAACCAGUACGACUUGGUGGGCCAGACUGCGGGGAUAGAGACCAUUAAAUCCAGCACAGGUGAAUACACAGUCAUGACAGCUCACUUCAAUCUGAAGAGGAAGAUCGGCUACUUUGUGAUCCAGACAUAUCUUCCCUGUAUCAUGACGGUCAUCCUCUCCCAGGUCUCCUUCUGGCUCAAUAGAGAGUCGGUGCCAGCCAGAACUGUCUUUGGUGUAACUACAGUACUCACAAUGACAACCCUGAGUAUUAGUGCCCGUAAUUCACUGCCGAAGGUGGCCUAUGCUACAGCUAUGGACUGGUUCAUCGCGGUCUGCUAUGCAUUCGUCUUCUCUGCACUUAUUGAAUUUGCUACCGUCAACUACUUCACCAAGCGAGGCUGGGCCUGGGAUGGAAAGAGUAUCAUCAAUGACAAGAAAAAGGAAGCAGCAGUCAUGAAGAAGAACAAUGCCUAUGCUGUAGCUGUGGCUAACUACGCUCCCAACAUCACAAAAGACUCCACGCUGCCAACCAUCUCCAAGUGUGGACUUAGCGAUCCCAACAAGACUACAGCGGAGACCAAGCCUGAGCAGAAUAAGAAAACCUUUAACAGCGUCAGCAAGAUUGACCGCAUCUCCCGCAUCAUGUUCCCUGUGUUGUUUGGAAGCUUUAACAUGGUCUACUGGGCCACCUACCUGAACAGAGACAUGGAUCUUUCCAAAUGAACUGUAAGGACUCACUCCGAACACACCUGUUGGUAUUGGUUUGUGUCAGCCAGAAGUUGUGUACGUGUAUGGAGAUUUCCCUUGUCUCUUUCCUUACUGAUUACAGUUUUGGAUUGAUGCGGGUAAACAUCAUAACUGGGUUACAAUAAACCUGAGAGCUCAUAUUACAGGAUUGAGCCCGGCAUUUUUACCAGGUUAUAGUCAAGAUUCUUAUAGUUUCAGCUGCCAAACAAAGGACAAAGGAAAUGUCUCCCAAAAUCUCGAAGAAACACAUGCACUUUAAAAAAAAAAGACAUGGUUUCAAAAUAUAAUAAUGAAAAGAUCUGGUAAUAUUAGAAAACAAUAAUGCAAAAACUAGAAAACAAUCAAUGUUUAAAGCUGCAUUAAUCAAUAUUUCUAUAUUAACAAUGGAUCAAAUGACUGUGUAAUAUGCUGUUUUAUGCUGUUUUUUUAGUGACAAAGCUCUGAUAAAGCCGCUGUACUCGACCUGCUCAGCAGCAAACAGCAGACAGACGCAGUGAGAGACUAGCAGCUGAAGAGACAGAGAAACCCACCCAUAGCGAACGGAGAAUAUUAGACUUACAUUCAUAAUUACAUUUACUACUAGAUGUGUAAAUAGCCAAUUUUUAGCUAACACAUUUGCCAG